ACUAAAAAUCAACAUUUUCCCCUGUAACGACGUCUUGUGAUCCACUUUGACAAAAUGGCAGAGGACUCCGCGCUGAUCGAGCAAAUGAAGAAUGUUUCUCUAGAUGGAGUAACUGACAAGUUGACAGAGGCUCAAAUUGCGACUGUAGAAGCGUUACAAAAGUUGCAGAAAAGUCGCGAUGAACUCGAGUCAGAGUUUAACAAGGAGUUAAAUGAAUUGCGUGCCAAGUAUGAUGUACUUUACAAGCCUUUGUAUGAAAAGCGUUUCAAGGUUCUCACUACAGCAUCCGGAAGUGAAUAUGGGACUCCUAGUUUGCCAAGAUUCUGGCUAACUGCAAUGAAGAAUAACAAGGUCUUGCGCAAUGUAAUUGAAGUGCGUGAUGAACCCAUUUUGGCGUACCUUACUGAUGUAAGCGCCGAAUUCUUAGAACCAAAGAAACAAGAAUCCUUUAAAAUUACAAUGUCCUUUGACAGCAACCCAUACUUUACCAACAAGACACUUGUUAAGCAGUAUAAUAUGAAGAGCAUUGAUGGAGAAAUGGAGUCUCUACUCCAGUGCACAGAAGCAACAAAGAUUGAAUGGCUACCAGAUAUGGACGUUACCAAGCAAAAGGUAACCAAGAUACAAAGGCACAGGAGAACCAAGGAAACUAGACAAAAGGUUGAAUUAGAGGAUCAACCAAGCUUCUUCCGAUUCUUUACUAGCCAAGAAGUUCCGUCUUCAGAGACUCUCGACAGAAUGACUGAGCAAGAGAUUGCUGAACUUGAAAUGUACGUUGAGGAAGACUACGAUAUCGGUAUCAUCAUUAGGGACAAGCUCAUUCCAGAGGCUGUUUACUGGUACCUUGGAGUGGUAGACAACGAUGACCUCGAUGACGACGAUGUUGAGAGCUACGAACAUUCUGAUUCCCUUACAUCAGACUCUGACUAA